GCCGCGUCGUAAUGAAUACAUUGAGCGGCAGGAAAGAUUGAUGGAAAGUGUUUAUUGUUGGACUUUUUGACGUACGUUGCUAUCGUCGUCUAUUCGAAAGAAUGGAAGGGGAUAAAUGUGGCGUUCGGAUUACGCCAUCGGUGCUAGAAUUUUAUGAUGCCGAAGUUAACACCGUGCAUCAACUAAAUGUCACUGUCAAAAACACAAGUAAGACCAGCAAAAGUAUUCGUUACUAUGGCCCAAAAACUAAGCAUUUUCAACUAAAAGUAAGAAACCCAACCAAACCUGUAGCCCCGGGACUAUGUGUGCCCGCUGUGGUGGAAUUUGAAAUCAAAGAGGAGGAGGAAGUCAAAGAUAGACUUGUAGUCACCGUAGAUGGAGACGUGAUCGAAAUACCAUUGGUGGCAUAUCCACCACAACCUCUGCUUGAAAUUGAACAAGUAGUAAACUUUGGAAAUCUAGUGGCCAACAGUAAGACUGUCUCACACGAGAUCUCCUUGGUAAACCAUGGCUCAAAGGCUGGAGACUUUAAAAUCAAGUACGGCGGGGACAAGCCCAUAGCCAUCAUGCCCAGUAGUGGCUCUGUACCCCCUAAGAGUGUCCAAAUGAUAAAGGUUGAAUAUGUUACAAAACAGGCUGGAAUAUUUGAAGAAGUAGCAAAGGUCAAACUUGAAGGGAAGGAAACCAAAAAUCUUGUGAUAAAGGGGAUGUUAGUGGACAGAACCCUUGAGGUUUUGGCCAUGAACUCACGAAAACCUUUAGAAUGUGUUCGCUUUGGAAGUACUUACUAUGGCUCGGACAAAACAGAAUGUGCUCUACUGUUUAACAACGGACCAGAACCUAUCAAUUUUGUGGCUGUUCUGGAUGAGGAUGCAGUUGCACAAGAAAUGGGUGUGGACUUAACCAAGAGUACUGUGGAUGCUUUAGCUGACCAAGGUUCAGACGGUGAGAAACCUCAAGGCAGAACUAACGUUCUGACCUCUCUGAUCACAGCUAUCCCUAACCAGGGCAUGCUGCAGCCAUAUGAAAAGAUACCAGUAUUCUUCAGGUUCAGUCCUAGGUGGAAUGCCUCUAAAGAGGGGUGGAAGGGACAGAAAAAGCCCCCUCCCAGGAAAGACUUUGCUCUGUUUAUGAGGAUUCAGAUUGUAGGCUCAAGUACAGGAUUCAGUUCCAAGUCGCCCAGUAAAUAUGCAGAUGGUUCGUUUGUGGAGGUUGCCCUGACCGGUACAGCAUUACCUGUAUUAUUGUCUGUGAUGCCGUCACUGAAGUACGACUUCGGGGAGUGUCCUAUCGGAGAACAUGCUGACGUCCUGUGUACUAUUAAAAACGAGUCCACAGAUCUAGCCACUACGUUCCAGUUCAGAAGGGUGGCUCACUUUUCCACACAUCCGCCGAGCGGGAAAAUCCCAGCAAACCAAUCCCAGGAUGUUAUAUUCUCCUUUUCGCCAAAACAAAUUGGUGGGUUCAAGACAACCCAGAUGCUGGAUGUGAUAGGACAGGUGGCAGACAAUCAGAAUCCAAUGGAGAUCAACCUACAAGUUAUUAGCUCUUUCCCUCUCACAUUCCUCGGCAGAAGUGAUCCUAUCUUCAAGAAAAAGCAACCCAAGUACAACCCAGGUAUCACACCUUACAUCAGCAACGAGGUGGGAAUGUUUGUGGACACCACCUUCUCCCAACUUGACGAAAACCCCAGGAAUGCCGUAGCAGGGGGUGUAAAACCCGGACUCCAUUCUCAGAAAAAUGUUGACCCUACCGACGAAAAUGCCAGAGUGUCUUUCCCCAAUGACAGGGCAACCAGCAUCCGACCUAGUGAGAGGGGCGAGACCUAUAAAACUAUUUUUACCAAGACAAAACGUCAUAACUAUGUAGACCCUGACUAUGCCCUGAAUCUCAAUGAAGAAGCCAACAAAGUAAAUCAUCGUAACAGCUAUGUUGGCAUGCUACGUCAAAUGAGGCAAAACCGCCUAAAUCAGAUCAAGUCCAGAGAGUUUAAGGACACCAACAAUAAACUGGAUAUAGGAAUCAAGUCUGCUGCUGGUCUGAGGCCAAAACGUCUCACACAGAUGGAGAUUAAACCAGACCCUAGGAGUCCUACUCCACCAAACGCAGACUUUAAACUCUUGAGUACAAAGGAAUUGUCUGCUGCGGAAGCUGAAACUAUUACUAAAGAGGCUUGUGAGGGUCUGAAUGCUGUACCAACUACCAAAAAGGAAAAACAGGACUGUUCCAAGGUCCUGUCACCACAAAUGCUGCAUCAGAUCAUCAUAGGUCCUCCAACCCUGGACUUUGGUCAAGUGUGUCUGCGGUCAGUCUGUACAAGGAAUCUGUCCAUCAUUAACAACUUAGACAUGUACAUACAUGUUGUGGCAGAGAUUGACUGUCGUGAAUUAAGACAGAGCAGUCCAUUGUCCCAGGUUAUUCCUCCGAAGUCCAAGGCUCACCUUCCCAUCGUGUUUGAAUCUAACUCUAAAGGAAAAUUCCAGAGGUCAGUUUCCUAUACUGUCAAUGGUCACUACAAGCACCAUGUCACAGUCGUGGCCGAGGUUGUCCAUGUAGCCCUAGAACUCUCCACCGAGGAGCUCAUCCUCACACCUGCCUUUGGACUCCCAGCUGAAGCAGAGUUCCGUGGAGUGAUUACAUUGUAUAACAAACUCAAUUACCCGGCAGAGUUUACCUGGGCCCCUAACCUUGGGGAUAGAGGCACUGCUUUCUCUAUCAGGCCAGCUACAGGUAUCGUCGACGCCCACAAGGAUCUGGACUGUGAGGUGGUCUGGCACCCCUCCUUCCUCGCCCCUGAGGAUGGAUCCUUCUCCCUCAUGGUACAUGGUGGACCCACGCUGCAGCUCCAGUGUAAAGUUGAGAUGGGAACACCAAAUGUCCAGUUCAUGGAGAGGAGGGUGAUGUUUGGCCAAACACCAAUUAAUCUGACCACAAUAAGGAAUGCCCUACUGGCCAACACCGGUCAACACCAUGCCUACUUCCAGGUGAUCGACUCCAACCCGUUCCCUGGCCUGAUGGUGACUCCCUUACACGGAGUGGUGCCUGUCGGAGGUCAUGCUGAACUCAAAGUCCAGCUGACUCCUUCAGCCAUCCUCAAGUUUGACACAAAGGUUCAGGUGGCCAUCAAGGGGGGUAAGGUGCUGGAGUUGAGGAUGGGUGGGACAGUCGAGCCACCCACCGUGGACAUAGACAUGGAUUCAUUUAACUUUGGUGGUGUUUACUGUGGAUCUGGAGCAACUCUCCCAUUUAAACUCAAUAACAAGGCAAUCACAAAGGUGAAGUUGGAGUUGGAUUUGACAAGAUACAAAGAUUUCUCGCUCAACUUCUCUGGGUACCAGACUCAAGAUGACUACAGUUAUCAGAUGUUGAAUCCAGGGAUGUAUACUGUUACCAUGGCACCAGAGGAAACCAUUGAAGGGGAGAUAAUCUUCACUCCAACUGAGGUGGCAGCAUAUGACUUCAUCAUGCCUGUUAUAAUUAAUCAGAUCGGAGCUCCAUCUCCAGCCCCCACCCCUUUCCCUCCCACCCCGGCCCCCUCAAACAAGAACAGCAUACAACAUAUCAUCAAUCCCCGCCCUCAGCCUGUGUCUAUUGCCACUCCGCGGAAACAUGUGAUUGCCACAGCUCUCCGUCAACCACUACAACUCUCUUCUAACAAGAUUGAGUUUUCAUUGCCGUCCACCUUUGAGGAUCCCACUGCCUCUACAGGAAUCGGAGUGUCUAAGCAUGCUAUUCAAAAGGGUACUGUGCUUGUCAAUAACAGUGACAAACCUCUGAAAUGGUUGCUGGAUCUGACUGCUCCAGUCAAAGCUCUACAGGACGGAAUCAUCAAGUUCAUCCAUCCGUCAGGUGUACCGUUUGUGGUGAUGAACCCACAGGACAGUAAAGGUGUGGAGGGUAUUCUGGAAGCCGGACAGACACAGCAUAUUUCUGUCUUAUUCUGUCCAACUGAGCCAUGUCGUCACGAGUUGGUGAUCCCUAUUCUGAUCAAUGACCUUGAGAAGCCUUACCAGUACCUACAGGUCAUAGCCGAGAUGAAGUCCCCAAAGCUUUGGUUUGACCCUCUGGCUAUCGUCAUGACCCCUGUGCCUCUUAUGACAGAGGUUUCGGCAGAGUUCACUGUCCUGGCAGGGCAGUACAGCAAGCCCUCCCAUAUCUCGGUGAUAACUCCCACAGUGGAAUGUGAGGAUGGCAGUACAAUUUCACCCAUCAGUGUUGUCUGGCCUGAGGGAUCAGAAGUGAGUCCAUGCUGCGGAGACGAUGGACAGAUAGAACCAUGUGCUCUACCCUGUAAACUCAUCUUCUCUAGCCCUAAACCAGUCUCCUUCGCAGAGCCAAUCCUGUUUGUGGAUUCUGAGGACAGGAAAUUUAAGUUGAUGGUGAUGGCGACAGCUGACAACUGUCUACUGACAUGUUACCACUUCCUAGCCCUGCACAGGACUGACCACCAGAUUGUGUGUGAACAGGGUGCAUCACCAAAGGGUCGUAAGUUCCUGACAAAGGAGAACCUUAAUGGCGGUGAGGCUGUGAUUGUCCCCUGUGUGUCCCCAACACACAACAGUCGUCCCAGCACCAGUGCCACCAGCUCCAACUUCCAGAUCUCCUCCUCCAGCUAUGAGUCGUCUGGUAGUGUUACAGACUCUACGGACGGCAGUACCCCUGUAAAUCGUGAGGGUGCUAUGAACAAGCCUCCGUCUGGCUCCGAGCAUGCCAUGAGUCGUAAUCAGCAGGAUCUGGCCUCGCGUUCAUUAGGCUCCGCAAUGUUCCCAGAUGAGGAUUCCGAGGAGGGAAUAUUCCAUUUGGAGGUUCUCCUGGCAGUCCAAAGGUGGUACUCAUCCCAGGGCUGGCCCUCAGGACAGUUCCCCAUCAGUAUACCACACUCACUUAGAGGUGGUAUCAGUCGGAAGCCUGUCAAUGAUGACAUGCCUAAACAGGCAAAGGCUGGCAGCUGGGACACCAACAACCUGAAGAAAGAAUUCAAGACUAUCUAUGACAUGAUGUGUCACCUUGCUGGACGACCUAUACCUGGUAUCCCACUCAACUCACCUUUACCCUCUGACCCCAUAGAGCGGGUCAAGCAGGUGUACUGGCAACACUCCACAUUGCUUACAUUCCUCAAGUGUCAGGGUGCCUGUGUGGCGUCGAUAAAACCUGAGUAUCUGAUGGAACCACGGGACUAUCACCUAUGGAAACAGAUGCAGAAGCAGCUGAAGCUGGAGCUGGUGACCCAGGGAGAGGAGGAGGAGGCAAAGAAGAUGGAUGAGGAGGAGGAACUGGAGGGUGAUGUGUUUGAGGCAGUUUCUAAACGUGCCUGGACAGAUAUCCUACUUCAGCUUGUCAAGGUUAUGGUCCUAAGUAAAGUGACUCCACGGAGCCUGAAGAGCCUGGUUGCUCCGGAGAAGAAUGUUGAGAUGCCCGAGGUGAACCCUGACCCACUCAGUAGCAACAUCUAUAGUGUAGGGGAGAGAAUUAUUCUGACAUGGCUCAACCACCACUACGAACAGUACAGGACUCGCAUCUGGUCAAACUGUAGCAAAGGUGGAGUUCCUCCCUCUCGCUGGAUUGUGAACUAUGACUUUGACCUGUUGGAUGGACUUGUACUUGGAGCUGUCCUUGGGGCUCACAUGCCCUUCCUGAUCAAGACCCACCUCCAAGAUAUGUACACUCACCCUGCUACAGCAGAACAGUGUCUUCACAAUGCCCUCAAGAUUGUUAAUGCCAUGAGAUAUGCUGGUAUUGACUACGACAUACAGGCCAUUGACAUCACUGACCCUAACCCGAUCGCCCUGUUGUUACUGUGCGUGAAUCUUUACCAGCGACUUCCCCAGUACAUCCCCAAGGCCACUAUAGACUACUCUGGUAGUCUACACGCCUCCGUCACCAGACAGGUGAAGUUGAGUAAUCCAAGUGGUAAGACACUAGUGUACCAAGUUCUGAUUGCUGGGUAUGACGCUCGUGACUUCAGAGUACCCAAAGGAGACUUUGUAUCCAUUGCACCGAGAUCGACCCUAUAUCUCAAUGUUGACUUCGUAAGUCGAUUCCUACGCCCUGCAGAGGCUACUCUGGUUCUGGUCGGCCGACGUCAUGGAUCAUCAGUUGGGACGACGCUGACGUUCAGUCUAAGAACCCAGAUAGAUAACAUCACACCGAAGCAGAAGAAAACAGAAGAGUACACUAUCAAGUGUGAGGCCCCAUGUUAUGAACUGGAGAAGAUCCCUAUAAAUGUUCGGAAUCCAUUUGAUGAUGCUGGAGACUUUAGGAUAGUUUUGGUUGAGGCCCAGUCUAGUCUUCUUGAACCGGGAAAACCAACAUCUCUGUUAAAACCUAAAGACAGGAAGAAAAGGAAAGUGAGAGCUCGUAUAGAUCAUGGUCAGAAACGUCCAGAAACUCCUCCGACUCCUCCACCAAAGCCACCAGAGGAAACUGAUAAAAACAAUGAUGACCAGGCAUCCAUGAGUGCUUUCUACAGUCCGAAUUCCAGCGUCCACCUGGAUGCAAAGGGCUCCUCCACCAUUGAGAUCUACUUCUUACCUUUCAACAUUGGUGAGCGACAAGUGUCUGUGAUCUUCCUCAAUGAGUCCAUAGGAGAGUUCCUGUACUCGGUGGAGGCCACAGCCACCCUGCCCCUCCCAGCCGUGGUGCCCUUCGUCAAAACACCCCAUAGUGUUAGGAUCAGCAGUGCCUGCUGCAGCAGGAAACGAACAACGCGAACUGGUUUUGUUCUGCUGUUAGGUACUGGGCGUGGUCUCUUUGGAGGGGAUGAUCGAGUCGUGUACUGGAAGUGUGAGUCAGGUCAGACACUUCAGGAGACUCUCAAGGUCCCAGUCAUCAACAAGACUAAGGAGAAAGCCCUCCUGAUGGCUGCCCAACAGCACAUGUCAUCUACGGAACUCCAGCGACGACAGAUUACGGAAACCCUCAAAACUAGUAGUGUCACCUCGAAAACUAUCUCUCUGCUCACCAACAACAUAGCACAAAGCAUUAGCAGUACUGCAAAGGUUGUGUCAUCUUCAACAGGACCACAAGAGACUAACGACUCCCAAAAUGUGCCCAGCAAAUCUCCAUACGAGGCUGAGUUUACUGUGGAGGUGGACUCGGAGUUCUUCACUCUACCCAACAAACUGACAAUGAAGCCUCCUCCAUCAUCACGAUCACAAAGCGCUUCAGCUGCUGAAUGCCAUGGCAGGGAGCCUUUCAUGGAGCUUCCCAUCAAGUUCAAGGCCAAGGAACCCGGUCACUACCCCUGUCAGGUUGUCUUACGCGGCUGUGACGAUGUUAGGGUCUACAAGAUAGAGUGUACCGUCAAUCCAGAGGGCAGCACUGCAGAGUUACAGUUCAAAACACCUGUCCAUCAGUCUGUCUCACAGGAAAUACCAGUUGUAAACAUGACAAAUCAUGAUUGGCCACUAAAAGCAUCCAUAGAGGGAUCUGGGUUCUACGGACCCCCCACAGUGCUGGUGAAGGCAUACAACCCCACCACCUACCCGCUGGUCUUCAAACCUCAGAACGAGGUUGAGGUCAAGGGAAAGCUGAUACUUACUAACACUGAAGAUGGUACGGAGCACAUCUACCACCUCCAUGGCCGUCCGGAGAAACCACUUGCACUUGAUCAUGUGGUCAUCAAAUGUGAGGCUAAGAAAAGCACAUCACAUAUCCUGAAGAUUCCAAAUGUAACCAAGAAGAAAAUGUGUUAUAGAGUUGAGUCCGAUCUGCCAUUCCUGAGUGGAAACACUUCCCUGACAGUACUCCAGGGUAAGACUGGAGUGUACAACAUGUCCCUCACACCCUCUAAACGAGGUGUCUACAAAGGCAUUGUCGCCUUCAUCGCUGGCAAGAACCCAGUCAUUGAGGUGGACAGUGACGGAGAUGAAAUUCCCGAGGAUGAGGAUGAGGAGAGCAGGAAAUACUAUGGUUACCGUAUCUGGUACUCCCUGGAGGUCCAUGUGAAACCCCCACCACCAGAGCGGAUCAUGUCUGUUGUCUGUGCUUGUCAGAAAAAGGCAGUGAUAGAAGUGAUUGUGAGAAACCCCACACCAAACAGCAUCACCAUACAGGCCCAGAUAGAGGGACGUAACCUCUCUGGACCGUCCAGCAUUACUCUGGAUGCUGGAGAAAAGGAUGUGUACACUGUAAUAUAUGCGCCGGCCAUCGUAGGGAAACAGAGGGGAAGUCUGAUAUUUUACCAUGAGACUGUUGGAGAGUUCUGGUACGACCUUCGUCUACAAGCCGAGCCCCCACCACAGACUACACUUCCUCACAUGGAGUGUGAUCUCGGGCGGUGGACAAAGCAGACAAUUUUAUUGGAGAACCCAACAGAUGAGACACUGGAGCUGAUCCCGACGAUGUCGAACACCAAUAAUUUCUCACUGGAGCGUGACAAUGAACGGCCUCUGGUGCUGCGACCACGCUCCUCCAUCGAGGUGCCCAUCCACUUCAUGCCGUCCACUCUGGGGCAGGGUGACCAUCUGACUAAGGUCAUCUUCAAUAGUGAACAGCUUGGUGAAUGGGUGUUCAUCGCUUCAGGGACAGGGCUGCUGCCUCUCCCUCAGGAUCCAGUGAGCGUAUUUACAGAGGCUGGGUCCAACACCACUCUCAUCAUCCCCUUCCGUAACCCAAUGGACCAUGCUGUCCUUGUGGACAUCUUACUGAGAGACACCAACUCUGAGAUUGAAGGAUUGAUGAAUGGGAAAACAAGUCCUUCAUAUAAAAUGGAUGAAGAUUCGGCCUUCUGCUUGCUACUCAAACACAGAAAUAUGAUCCGAGUCGGACCAAAAUCCACACUGGACAUCCCAGUAUGCUUUGCUCCGACAGAGAUGAUGAAGUAUGAUGCUCUGUGUACAGUGGUGGUACGGAAAGAGAACAACGGAAAAUGGCAGUAUGCUCCUCGGGAUAAUGAAGGCUACCAGUUGUCCACUACGGGCAGUGAUGGUCUCCAGGAGAUCAGAUGGGUCUACCCCAUUAGUGGCAUCCCAGAGUCCAAACCAGCGAAGGACACACAGGGGGCGGUCAUCGAGUGCAAGGCUAGGGACCGUGUGGAGGAGAGGUUAGAGGUCACGCUAGCAGGUGUGGCCCCAGCCAGCUCGGGUCCUCAGAGAAGCAUUCUAACCAGAUCUGUUACCCCGAAGAACCAGAAACCCAAGGUCCCUGAUGGUGUGGUGAUUGGAGAAACAUUAGCCACAGCAGAAGAGUUUGUUCACGAGUUGGGUUUCACUGACAAUGAGGCUCGGGAGAAUCUUCAGAAUUCUGUGGCUGUGACGUUGGUUCGUCAACAGCGCGACACCAGCUCCGGCCUCGUCAUCCUCGUGUACAAUGUUGUGUAUGCACCCUUCAAACCAAUGAGCCAUAAUGUUGAGUUGGUGGUGAAGGCGGCCACAGGUGGCCUGUGGCGCUUCCCCCUGAGGUUUGUGGCAGCAGAGCCACCAACAGACGACACUAUCACCAUUGAGGCCACUGGCCUGAACCAGGAAUCCAGUGUAGGCUUCCGACUCACCAGUCAGGCAAAACACCCUGUGAUAUACAAUGCAUAUUUUGCGGCGGGAAGUGAUCCAGAGUUUCUUGUAAGUCCACAGUCUGGCGAACUCCUACCACAGGGAACCAAUGGAACACUGCUCAAAAUCAACUUCAAACCAGCAGUCUACGGCAAACUAUAUCAGGCUAAAAUGAUUAUACAGACACCCGACAUGCAGUGGAGCUACAAUGUAAAAGGUGUGCUGCCACAGUACAAUCCACCUCGAGGGAUCUCCACCCAACCCAUGGCUGGACCACACCCUGACCCCCGACUCAGAAUGGAACGGGUCAAUUACAUCCGUGAAAACAUUCGAUUGCUAACCACUGCAGUGUCGUCACCAAUCAAGGGAGCAAAUCUAGUCCCUCGUAAACUUGUCCAGUUCUCGUGAUGUUGAAAAAAAUUAAUAUAAUAUACAACUAUAUCGGAAGAAUGAAUAUCAAUAAAGAUGGAUAUCAAUAAAGAUUUUAAGAAACAUGUGGAAUUUAUUCCAAACUGUGAUGGAAAACAAAUGUGAGAUGUUUGGGAGUGAUUUCAGAGUCAUUGAAGUGCUGCUGUGUAGUACAUUAAAAUAUAACGUACAAAUAAAGAACCUGUUGUUAAUGGAUGUACUUGUUAUUGAUAAGAACUGUGAUAUUUGUUAAGAGAUAUGAAAGAUAUUUAUGAUAUUUAUUACAGAAUAUGGAAUCUGUACAAUCCGUGAAACAGCAUAAGAAAUAUUUUGGUAUAUUUCUGUAUAUAAAGUUGUAUUGUUAAUAGAUAUAUAUAUAUAUGGAAAGCUUGUAGUUUUCUAUUUUUCAAAGUGUAUAAAUCAUGUCAAAGAAUUUAUGAAUUAUUGUAAACCUUGCUACCCUACUGAAUGCAUUAUCUCCCUUUAUUGUUUAUAUUGUAUAUAUAACUCAGUAUUACAUAUCAAAAAUCACAAAAUGCCAAUAAAUGAAUUACUCACGUCUAGGUCAAAAAGAAUU